GUUCUCACCAUUUACCACAUAAUUUUACACUUUGCCAAUCACAGACAAUGAUCUCAGCAUUUCAGAUGACAUGGAUUUACAUUUAUCUCCGUCCUUUAUUUCUCGAGAUUCGAAAUUAAAGACUGAGGGUCUUUAUCCUCACGAGAAAGACUGUCUGGUAGCCAUGGUACCCAAGCAAUCAAACUCGGAACACUUUCUGGAAAAGAUCAUCAGAGAGCCAGACAUUCAAUCGAUCUUUCUUGCUCUAAUACUUUUCGCCAUCGUUCGCAUGAUCAUCGGAAAAUCGUCGUGGAAGCACUGGGUCUCAAUUUCGAUCAAAAGUUUGGGAAUAUUUUUGAAUCAGGACAAAAUUCUUAACAAAACCAGAAUAGAAGUUGCAUGGGACAUGAAUCUGCGCGGUUUUUCCGUUUUGGCGACGAUUGCUCUGUCGGUGAUAACAUACAAAAAUUUGAUGAGCAAAAAAUAUGUGGAAAUUGAUACCAUCGACGAAUUAAUUGCUUCGAAUUUGACUAUUUUGGCUCCGGAUUACUUGAAAAAUGAGGAACUGUGGUCGAACAUAAAACCUGAACUGUCUACUAAAAUCACCUACAAAGGGGUCAAUGAUCUCAAUUAUGAUGUAAUAACGAGAAGAAAGUUUCAUCACGCUUAUAUAUUUACGGAUAGUGCAGCAGAAUAUAUGGAUAUGAUGCUACAUACGUACGUUUCCAGUGCAAAAGGCUACAAACAAAUGAUUCGGAUAAUGCACGAAAACCUGCAUUGUCGACUUUCAGGCUACCGAAUAUCAACAGCAUCGCCCUUAAAGAGAUACAUUAACGAUUUUGUUCGAAGAUUCGUGGAAAAUGGGCUCUAUGACAAGCAUUUGGAAUGGAUCAGGCAACUGAACAGCGACGUUUUUCAAGUGAAUAAAUACAAAAAGGUGCGUAGAGAUGGUAAAGAACCAGUUGUUUUGGACAUCGAUUUAGUGCUUGGUAUAUUUGUUCUGUACAUUGUUGGAGUUGUGAUUUCCGUGGUCAUAUUUUUGUUUGAAUUGAAGCUGUAGGUAAAUAUUACAA